GAAGAGUUGGAACAAAUCCGUGAAGCUGAUGAAGAGCCCCUAAAAACCUCUGGUUCGAAACGUCUGCCGCCGCCGCCGCCACCCGCGUUGGCAACCUCCAAACACACGCCUUCCCCACCACCUACUAAGAGACGAGCUGUAACUACAUCUUCAACAUCUCCACAGCGUACCCUCACUGUGGCUGAUAGAAAACGAAUGGCGGCUGCUCAACAAGAAGCUGCAGCGAAGUCUGCUGUUACGAAAACUCGUAGUUCAACAUCUGGGGCUACACCUGCUGCAAAAUCCACACCUGUUGGUCGUCGAGUUCUGCGUCGACGCAUGUCGGACUCCGAAGAUGAUGUUGAAGAAGAUGAAGAGGUGGUUGUUAAAAGAAAGAGGUCUACUUCCGCCACCACCCGUAAUGCCACUCUUUCUGUCAAACCAAUGAAAAGGGAGGUAAUAGAGUCCGUUUCAUCGUCCUCAUCUGAAGAGAAGGAAUCCUAUGAGGGUGAGUCAACAACUCUCAAAAAGAGAACCUUCACCUCUGGAAAAGCUGCUUCUGAAAUGGUUUCUAACGCUCCGACGAAGAAAACUGCCAUUACUGCCAAUAAACAACAGGAAGCAGAGGUAACUUUGAAAUGUCUCCACUUUAUCUGCCUCAUUGAAUACCGUAUGGGAUAG